AUGUCACCUUCGAUUCCUCGGAACGACAUCUUUGACGAGGAUGUUCCGAUCCUGAUUAUCGGCGGUGGCCCGUCGGGUCUAUUUUUGGCGUUCAUGUUGGAGCAACUCGGUGUCAGGUCUUUGAUUGCUGAAAGAUAUGCGGCCAGAUUGGCUGCCCCCAAGGCCCACGCCUUGAGCCCUCGUUCAUUGGAGAUGUGUCGCCAAUUUGGAUUAGAUGUGAAUGAAAUUCGCAAAGUCGGAACCAGUCGCAAGGAUGCCUAUUGGGUGAACUUCAUCACAAGUUUGGCUUGCGAGCAUGUCGGCAAAUUGCCCUAUGAGCGCAUGGACGCUGAAGUCUUAAACAGCACCCCUACUAUGAUUCAUAACAUCCCGCAGCCUGCUUUCGAAGAGUUGAUUGCCCAGAGGCUAUCAAAUAGUAGCCUGGUCGAGAUUCGCAAGAGCCAUAGCUUUGUCAGCUUGAAACAGUUUGAUGAUCAGGUUAUCACAACAAUCGAGGACCGUGUUUCAAAAGAAACAUACAAAGUCCGCUCGAAGCAUGUGGUUGCCUGUGAUGGCGCAAAAAGUGCGGUGCGCAACUUUCUUGGUAUCGAGAGCGAAGGCGAGGAUUCUUACGAAACAAUGAUGACGAUCCACUUCAACGCGGAUUUACGUCCCAUCCUUCAAGAGCAGGUCGGUAUGCUCCACUGGGUUAUGGAUCCGUUGGUAUCUGGAUUCAUUAUCGCCUACGACCUGUCCGGAAACCAAGUUCUGAUCUGCAGCUUUGACUCCAAAAAGUGUCCGACCGAAUCGUGGAAUGAAGAGUACUGCCGCAAGGUCGUCGACGCUGCGAUCGGUGCGACUGUGAAGUAUGACAUUCUCAGCUUCCGUCCUUGGAUCUUGAGUCGAAAGGUCGCCAAGUUCUACCGUGAUAGCCGGGUCUUCCUCGCUGGUGAUGCCGCUCAUUCCUUCCCCCCUACUGGAGGCCUGGGCUUGAAUUCAGGGCUGAGUGACGUUCACAACCUGGCUUAUAAGCUGGCUGCCGUCCAUCAUGGAUCCGCCAUGGACGCUUUGCUGGAGACAUAUGAUGCCGAGCGUCGUCAGGUUGCCUUGGUCAACUCGAAACAGAGUGUGAAGAAUGGGAAUAAGAUUUUUGGAUUGCUGAAGACACUUGGCACUACCGAUCCUGAUGUUGGUGUUGCUCGUCACAACCUAUAUCACAAGAUCUGUGAUGAAAAAGCCAUGAUCGAUAUCAACAAUGGCAUUGAGGAUCAGCGUGAGCAUUUUGACAAUCUAGGCCUGCACAUCGGUUACGUAUACGGCAACAAGCACAUCCCCGAAAACGCAUCCCUAUAUGAGCCCGUCUGCGUGCCUGGAGCUCGUCUGCCCCAUGCUUGGAUCAAGCUUGCUGUCCCCGAGAAGGUGCAGCUUCCUAAAAUUGACUCAUCAUAUGUUGGUGGCGAAGCACAGAAAGCGGCGGAAAUGACCUACUCUACCCUGGAUCUCUGUCGGUUUGACGCCUUCACUGUCCUGGUCUACGAGACUUUCAGCUCACAGAUUCAAUCCGCCGUGCAAGAGGCACUAAAACAGGUGCCUGCAAGUGUGGCCUCUUCCUUAUCGCUGCUGGUGGUAAUUCAGGGGGUGGACUUCGCGCUACAGCCUGGCCAGGAUAAGUGGGAUAAUGUGGUGUCGUUGAAGCAGGGACAGGUUGUGCUGGUGCGUCCAGAUCAACACAUUCUAGCUGUCCUGGAUCGGAAUGCCAGCGCAGCUCACAUUGUAGAGACUUUGAGGGGUCAUUUAGCUUGGUAG